AGGGCCACGGCGGGCGAGAGCGAGCUGCGGCCGCCGCCCGGGUCCAAGGGUGAUCUCGGGGGCCUGGGGCCCCGCGCGGCCGGCUCGGUAGCUUUUCCCGCCUGCCCCCCCGCCCCCCUCCGCGCGCCAGCCGAGUCCUUCUUUCCCUGGCGGGGGUCUCCAGCUUAGCCCAGACCAGAGGAGGUUUUUCUUUGGGUGGGGGACACGAAGGUGCGAUGAGAAUUUCUCGACUCGGGAAGCAGAAGUGCUGCUUCUAGGUUUUACUAGGAGUAACGCGGGGAGCAGCGAGUUCGUGGAUAUUGAGUGAUGAUAAUAGCUAACAUUUUUCCAAGCCCUAGCUGUGUGCCAGGCACUGUGCGGAGCAACUUGUGUGUGUCUUCUUUACUCCCGAAAUGCCCCGUUGAGGUUGAAUUGACCAAAGCAAUGGUUAUGGAGAAGCCUAGUCCCCUGCUGGUCGGGCGGGAAUUUGUGAGACAGUAUUACACACUGUUGAACCAGGCUCCAGACAUGCUACACAGAUUUUAUGGAAAGAACUCUUCUUAUGUCCAUGGGGGAUUGGAUUCGAAUGGAAAGCCAGCAGAUGCAGUCUAUGGACAGAAAGAAAUCCAUAGGAAAGUGAUGUCACAAAAUUUCACCAAUUGCCACACUAAGAUCCGUCAUGUCGAUGCUCAUGCCACCCUGAAUGAUGGUGUGGUGGUCCAGGUGAUGGGUUUGCUCUCUAAUAACAACCAGGCUUUGAGGAGGUUCAUGCAGACCUUUGUCCUUGCUCCUGAGGGCUCUGUUGCAAAUAAGUUCUAUGUUCAUAAUGAUAUCUUCAGAUACCAAGAUGAGGUCUUUGGUGGCUUUGUCACUGAGCCUCAGGAAGAAUCUGAAGAAGAAGUAGAGGAACCUGAAGAAAGACAGCAGACACCUGAGGUGGUACCUGAUGAUUCUGGAACUUUCUAUGAUCAAACUGUCAGCAAUGACUUAGAAGAACAUUUAGAAGAACCUGUUGCUGAACCAGAGCCUGAUCCUGAACCAGAGCCAGAGCAAGAACCUGUGUCUGAAGUCCAAGAGGAAAAGUCUGAGCCAGUAUUGGAAGAAACUGCUCCUGAGGAUGCUCAGAAGAGUUCUUCUCCAGCGCCUGCAGACAUAGCCCAGACAGUGCAGGAGGACUUGAGAACCUUUUCUUGGGCAUCUGUGACCAGUAAGAACCUUCCACCCAGUGGAGCUGUUCCAGUUACUGGGAUACCACCUCAUGUUGUUAAAGUACCAGCUUCACAGCCUCGUCCGGAGUCUAAGCCUGAAUCUCAGAUUCCACCGCAGAGGCCUCAGAGGGAUCAAAGGGUGCGAGAACAGCGAAUAAAUGUUCCUCCCCAGAGGGGACCUAGACCAGUCCGUGAGGCUGGUGAGCAAGGUGACGUUGAACCCCGAAGAAUCGUGAGACACCCUGACAGUCACCAACUCUUUAUUGGCAACCUGCCUCAUGAGGUGGACAAAUCAGAGCUUAAAGAUUUUUUUCAAAAUUAUGGGAAUGUGGUAGAGCUGCGUAUUAACAGCGGUGGGAAAUUACCCAAUUUUGGGUUCGUUGUGUUUGAUGAUUCUGAGCCUGUUCAGAAGGUGCUUAGCAACAGGCCCAUCAUGUUCAGAGGUGAGGUCCGUCUGAAUGUGGAAGAAAAGAAGACUCGAGCCGCCCGGGAAGGAGACCGCCGAGAUAACCGCCUUCGGGGACCUGGAGGCCCUCGAGGUGGGCUGGGUGGUGGGAUGAGAGGCCCACCCCGUGGAGGCAUGGUGCAGAAACCAGGAUUUGGAGUGGGAAGGGGCAUUGCUCCAAGGCAGUGAAUUGCUCUUCACCGAUCUUCAGGCAGCAGUACAAACCCUAGCUCCCACAGAAUGGUGAUUUCUUCAGCCAACCUUUUGGUAUCUUGGAAUCUGAUCCUAGUCUAUGAUAAACUGCUUAAGUUUGUACAAUUCUACUUUUUGUGUUACUGGUGUGUGCUCCUUCCCCUCUCACCCCCACCCCUCCACCUUUUAGUCCUUCACUUCCAGUUUUGUGGAAUGAUAUUUUAGGAAAAGUGGAUUUUUAAAGAAGAAAAAAAAAAGACUGCGUUUCCUUGCUUUAUUUGCAUAUAGACUGGAUUUUUUUUUAACAGUUUCCCCAAAGGAAUGUGUCUUGCUUAUUACUGACAUUUGGUAUGUUUCAUUCAUUGGAAUAUUUCUUACUUAUUUUCUACAUGUUUCAAAAGCCUGUGAGAAUUACAGGAUUUGAUAAACAUUUUGAAGGCAGGAAGAACCCAAAUUGUCUCUUCUUUGAGAGUCAUAACUACCUUCUGGUGUGGAAAAAUUGCCGUUGGAAAAAUUGACAAUUUAGAUUCUCUCUGGUAUGGUUAAAAACUGAAUAAAAGGUGUUAGUAGAGUUUUUCUUUGGAUACGUGAUUGCAGAACAGUUCCAAAACCUGUUUUUACCAUUGAAAUUUAAACUGUGAGAUAGGUUUUAAAUGUCUAGAAUGCAACUGAUAAGCUUUUCUUGAACUGUUAGAUUUUUUUUUUUGAAGUAGAGUUUUUUCAUGUUUAAUUUGUAUUUGUUAAAAAAAAACCAAAAAGACCCAAAAAAAAUUCAAAAAUCUGAGUAACACAAAACCAGAGCAAAACUGUUGUGCCUUCUAUUUAUCUUUGAUUCCAGUCUUGGCAAUUGUUUAAAAGAAAAAUAAUAAUAAAAAAAAAUAAACUUAGAUUUGUUCUAUUAGGUUCAGAGUAUGUUGGGAAUUACAGAAUCCCUCUUUCACCCUGUAUGUCUUGUGUUCAUUUGUUAUGCCUUAUUCUGAAAUUGAGUCUCAAAC